CUCAUCCUUUUCGCAUCUCUCAUCUCUUUCUCUCUUAAUCUCAAUCCAUUUUCAUCAAUUUCUCUUCCAUGUAUGUUUACACUGAUCGAAUCGGAGUACAGUUCAAAGAAACAGAGUAAUUUGAUGGAGAUUCAUAGAAGAACGAAGAAGCAAUCUCAUCAAAUUGUAAUCGCGCAAAGUUAAGCAUUAAGAAGUUAGAAUCUUCGAAGAAAGUACUUUAUUGGGUCGUUCGUGAUCUGGGUUUCUUCUCUUUCCAUUAAAGCAGGACCAUCUUGCAGCUUAGUCGCUUAUGAACAUUCAUUUGAAGUAUAAUGCCUCCCAGGAAGAAACCCAACUCGUCGUCGAAGAAAUUGAAUCAGAAUCAGCAAAGUUCUCAGGCAUCAAAGUUUGGUAUUCAGCAUUUUUUUGAGAAACACACACAAAAUAAUAGCAGUCAAACCCAUAAAAAGGGUCCGGCUUUACCAGCUUCUCAUACAAAUUUAACUAGGUCAAGUCCUGAAAUCCUGUCUGAACUGAAAUCAAUCAACGAGGGAGUGAUUCCAGAAUUGGGUAAUUCGAGUAGUACAGUCCAAAAGCAAGAACACUCAAUUCAACCUCAGGGAAACUUGGUUAGCGGGAUUUCAGCUGUUGAGAAUGACAAAAAGGGGAAAAAUAUAUGUCCUUCGCAACAUACACCUCCUGAAAAGCUUCUACCUAUAUCUGAAGUCUCACCUGAAAUAUGUAAAUCUGUUUCAUUGAAGCGGUUCAAAUUUUCACCUGGAAUGUUGAUAAAACAAAGUCAAGAUGAUGGAGUCAAUGAAGUUACAUGGAAGAUUUCACCUAUCAAUGACAAACUUCAAUUUGGGUCAAAGCAUUUACCAGAAGUGAUAAAAUUGUUGGCUGAUUCUUCACGGUUCAACUCUACAGAAUUUCACGGCGAUUCAAAGAAUAAGGCUCAGAUUUCUCCCUCGUUACCAAAUAGCAUAGAGAACGGGAUUUCUUUAUGUUCAUUCAAGGCUGCAAAGCUGACUAUGGUUCCCAAGUGGGAUAAUUUAAAUAAUCUCUUCCCUGGUUGUAAUGUGGAUUUGCAAAUCCAUAGAAAUAGUAAUGAUGAGAAGAUUUUUGACGUGACUGAAACUCAGAGUCCUUUCAAGACUCCACCAUCAUUGUCGUAUUUACAUGAGAAGGUUGAAGAUGUUGGGUCCAGUGAACCAGUUGAUGAGCUUGGAUCAAAGCAGUACAAGAAGGCAUUGCUUGAACUUCUAGAUCAGGUGGAGGAUGUUAUCUCUAUUGAAGAAUCAACAUCCACAGAUGGAGAGUCAAGCAUGUGGGAGGUUAAUGGCAAAAAUAAUGAUGGAAAACCAAAUGAAACCGAUCCUUGUCACAAAAGCUUACCAAUAAAUCUGGCACAAAUGGAGCAUCAGGGGAAUCCCUUAAUUUAUUAUUUGGUAUUGGAGGUUUCCGACGAACGAGGAUCAGUCAAUUCAUCUGCAUUUCAGUGCUGUAAGGUGCUACGAUUGUUGAAUGAGCAAAGUGGACAAGAGCGAGUAGUGCGUUUGUGGGAUGAGUGGUUUUACAGCAGCAUUGCACCAGGGGACACACUUAGUGUGAUUGGGGAAUUUGAUGAGCAUGGCAAAUGUGAUGUGAAUCAUCAAAACAACUAUUUCAUUGUUCACCCAGAUAUAUUGGUGUCUGGUACUCGAGUUGCUUCUAGUUUCAGUUGCCCAAGACGAACUGUUCUAGAUGAGCGGCUAAAAAGCAGUGAACAAUCUGUAGCAGCAUUGAUGGGCACAUUGAUGCAUCAAGUAUUUCAGGCUGGAUUGAUGAAAGAGGAUCCGAGUAGAGAAUUCCUUGAAGAUUAUUCUAGACAAGUGCUUCUAAGGAGCAUUGAGAGCUUAUAUGCUUGUGGAGUUAAUGAAAACGAACUACGCAGGACCAUGAUUGAAGCAAUUCCAAGAAUAUUAAAUUGGAUACAUGUCUUCCGGGAUUCGCAGGAUUCAAAAGCUUCCAAUGUUAACUUCGGUUUCAAUGAUGGAUUAAAGAAGGUUAAUGUGUCAGAGGUGGUUGAUAUAGAAGAAAUGGCAUGGGCCCCAAAGUAUGGACUUAAAGGAAUGAUUGAUGCAUCCAUUAGAGUAAUGGUCAAAACAGAUAAAAAUGGAGUGAAUGAGAAAAUAAUGCCACUAGAACUAAAAACUGGAAAAGCAACCACUGGGCAGUCAGCAAUGGAACACCGCGCACAAGUCAUGUUGUACACGCUUUUGAUGUCUGAGAGAUAUUCAAAUAAUGUAGACUCGGGUCUUUUGUACUAUCUCCAUACAGAUCAGACUGAGGGAAUUAUGGUUCGAAGAUCUGACUUGAUUGGGUUAAUUAUGCGACGGAAUGAACUUGCAAAUGACAUUCUAAGGGCAUCAACCUCUCAUAAGCUGCCUCCGGUUUUACAGAGUUCCAGCAUGUGUAAAAGUUGCCGCCACCUUCAUACUUGUGCCAUUUAUCAGAAGGCACAUGGUGGAAGCACAGAGAGCAGUGAAUGGAUGGGUGUUUUUAAUUCAUUUGUUCAGCACUUAACGAGUAAACACUGUGCUUUCCUUCGGCAAUGGGAGCGGUUGAUUGACCUGGAAGCCAUAGAAAUGAAGGCUGGAAAAAAAGGAAUCUGGUGUCCACCUAGUCCUGGAGAAAACUCAGCUGAUUGUUUAUUCCCUCUUGUACUUGAUACUAAAACUGAUGGGUCCAUUCGGAAGAGCUUGCCAGAUAGCAAUAAAUUCGUUUAUCGCUUUGUGUUCCCUAAUUUGGAUUCUCCCAGCUCUGCUGUUUCUCCAGAAAAAACCAUGCAUAGCGCUAUGAGAUCUGGAGACUAUGUGUUGUUAAGCAACGUGCUUGAUCAACUAACUGUUGCAAGUGGAAUCAUAAUGGACAUCACUCCUUCCCAUGUGAUUGUUUCCUUCUCAAAGCGCCUAAGGCUUCCAGGGAGAAAGUCUUCUUCCCACUCACAAGAUCUCAGACAAGAGGUCUGGCGUAUUGACAAGGAUGAAAGUAACACAAUAUUUUCCAUUAUGAGGUUUAAUCUUAUACAACUUUUUCUCCAAGAUGAGCAUAAAUCUCAUUUAAGAAAGAUGAUUGUGGACCUAGAGGCACCCAAAUUUGACGGUGGAUCUGUCCUUAGCCAGGAUCCUGCAAUAUCAUAUAUUUGGUCAGAGAAGGGUUUGAAUAAUGAUCAGCGUAGAGCCAUAGUAAAGAUACUUACAGCAAAAGACUACGCACUUAUUCUUGGAAUGCCUGGAACUGGAAAGACCUCAACUAUGGUCCAUGCAGUGAAGGCAUUGUUGAUGAGAGGUGCAUCAAUUUUGCUUACAUCCUAUACAAACUCUGCUGUUGAUAAUUUGCUUGUCAAACUAAAAGCUCAGGGCAUAGAUUUUAUACGAAUUGGAAGAACUGAUGCUGUUCAUGAGGAGGUUCGGAGUCAUUGCUUAUCAGAAGUAACCAUCAAUAGUGUUGAGGAUCUUAAACAAAGGCUAGAGCAAAUAAGAGUCGUAGCUGUUACCUGUCUGGGGAUAACUAAUCCAUUGCUUGCCAAGAAGAGAUUUGACGUGUGCAUCAUGGACGAAGCUGGACAAACCACACUUCCAGUAGCUCUAGGACCAUUGAUGUAUGCAUCAAAGUUUGUCCUCGUCGGUGACCAUUAUCAAUUGCCACCACUUGUGAAGAGUACAGAGGCCCGGGAAAAUGGAAUGAUUGAUAGCCUAUUCUGUAGGCUGUCUGAAGCUCAUCCACAAGCAAUUUCAGCACUUCAAAGCCAGUAUCGUAUGUCUGCAGGAAUUAUGGAAUUAUCAAAUACGCUGAUAUAUGGUGAUAGAUUACGGUGUGGAUCUUCAGAAAUCGAGACUGCCAAGCUUCAAUAUAAAAGCUCCAAAUAUUCCACAUUGUGGUUAAAGGAGGUUUUAAAUCCAAACCGUCCCGUGAUAUUCAUCAAUACAGACAUGUUGCCUGCUCUUGAGGUAAAAGAUGGAAAAACUGUUAAUAACCCCAUUGAAGCUUGUAUUGUUGUGGAGAUUACGGGAGAACUAGUUAACAAAGGUGUAGAAGAGGAUCACAUUGGUAUCAUCACUCCUUACAACUCUCAGGCAAAUCUUAUCAGCAGCACUCUCUCCAUGUCUGUGGAGGUUCAUACCAUUGACAAAUACCAGGGAAGGGACAAGGAUUGCAUUGUAAUUUCCUUUGUGAGAUCAAGUGAAGGUCCUAGGAACAACAUAUCUUCAUUGCUCGGGGAUUGGCAUAGGAUCAAUGUCGCCCUUACUCGCGCCAAGGUUUGCAUCCUGUUUCUCUUUGUUCUAUUCAUAUUAGACUAAAUUGAGUACAUUUAGACAAAAUCAUCAUUUGGAAACAAGAGAGAUGAUCUACAUAUUGUCCCUUAAAUGGAUAAGUUGAUCAAACUCAUGAGUU